GAUGCCAGGCGAACAACAAUUUCGCGAUACUCUAAAUUCAUUAGGCUGGGGUUCAAGCAACACAAGAAGUAAUGGAAUUAGCCUUCCCACCAGCAAUAACGGAAACUCUACACCAUUUUCGCGACUUACAGAAACCACCUCAAGUUUCUUUGGAAGUGUUGGUAAUCGAGUGCAAGGAUAUAUCCCGUUAGUAAAUAACCAGGAAGAAGAAAGCUUGUUUACUUUGAAUAGAUGGCAGAGACUUACUGGAUUCGGAGUUCUUCUGCUGUCGGGUGCACUAUGUUUUGUCCUUGCAUUCUUGACAAUACCUCUAUUACCAAUAAAACCAAGAAAAUUUGCAGUCACAUAUACAAUGGGAAGUCUUCUAGUACUAGCAAGUUUUUCCAUGCUUAAAGGACCAAUCGAAUAUCUUAAACAUAUUUUUUCGAUGGAACGGCUUGCAUUCACACUUGCGUAUCUAGGGUCAAUGAUUGCUACCUUGUAUUUCGCUGUUGUGCAUUAUACAAGUGGUCGCGCUUAUAUGGUAUUAUACAAGUGGUACGUUGUAUCCUAUUUCCCGGGUGGAGUUAAUACUCUACAAAUGGGUACUCGUAUGUUUGCAAAUCAAGCUUCCAAUAUUUUGCCAUUAUAA